AGUGAAGUAAAAGAACAAACGAGAUCAGUAAAAUAGUUUUCUUUCAAAUUAAAGAUUUUAACAAUUUUUUGUUGGAUAAAAGAAAAGUAUGGCAAGUGGAGGUGAAAGUUUUCCAGCAGUGGAUGCUGAAAAAGAAUUGAAUCCACAAUUCAAUAAGGAAUUUCAAGUUGAUUCAGUAUCAUCACAAGUUGCUUCCUCACUUGAAAAAGAGGCAAAGGAAAAAUUGGACAAAAUGAAAAAAGAAAAAGAUAGAAAGGAUGCAAUACAAAAUUUCAAGACUACUGUGAUUAUCUCUGGAGUUGUUAUUGCUGUUGCUGGGGCUAUUUUUGCCAUUACCAAAAAGCUCAGGGAGAGAUCAAAUUAAUUAGCACUUUAUUAUUUAUAUAGUUUUGCACCUUUUUAAAAAAAAUUAUUUUAAUAUUCACCAAAUUCAUACAUAUAAAAAGUUUGCUAAUUAUUAUUUAUUUAUGUUUUAGGUUUUAUAGGAAAGUAAUUUAUCAUUUUGUUCUUGGAUAAUGUGUAUGAGGACUAUUUUAAGUCAUUUUGAG